UACUUCGCUGCAGUCCGUCUAUAUCAACUUAACAUCUCAAUGCGGAACUCAAUUAUGCAUCUUGCUAUAGCGGGAUAGGAAAGGCGCGAUUGUUAUUUCUGCUCCCUUUUUGAGCGGCGCGAGUGCGUAAACGUCGACCUUGCCGACGAAAGCAUCGACGCGCCGAAACGAACUAUCGGCGCGGAAGGCGACUUCUAGGCGUCUCAAGGCUGCUGCCGUUGCAGCGGUCGAAGGUUGACCUUUGCGAAUCGAUGUCGACUGCGUUAUUGUGCGCCCUAGAAGAAGAAAAUGCGGCACGACAGCUUAAUAGGCGGUUGGUACCAGUGCGUUUGAAAUUUUUGAAGCGCUCACAGACCAUAUGACAACUGUGACUAAAGAGGAGAACAUUCACUGUCAUAACUACACGGAAUUUUGCAAUACAUAUCUUAAGAUUCCGAAAUUCAAUUCCAAUUGGUUUUCUAAUCCUCCAAAUAUAGACGCGAUCAGGGGUGUUUGUCAGACUAUGCUCAAGCGUCCAGUAUGCCAAGACCCCCAUGAGGAAAUUUGCGCAGCAAAGAGAUGCCCUAAUACUUAUGAAAGUAAAAUGUGAGACCGACUGACACCAUUACCAAUUCCAAAAAUAAUGAGUUUGCCACAAUAGAAUAAUUUCACAAAGCAACGUGUACUAAUUUAUCACAAGAUCAGUAAAUAAAGCAACUUUCUCAAAAA